CACGAAGCUCUAUUGUACUUUAUCUUCUUAGUUCUCCCUUGCCUUUUAUUCCACAGUCAUGACUGGAUGAAUGGUUUCAAGAAAGCUUUGGAAUGCAAUUGAUCACUGAAAAAGACAUUUUUUAAUCCAAAAGAUGGGCAAGAAGACCAAUAUGUUGCUGAAAUUGAAUAUGGAAGGAAGAAAGACCAAUUUCACUACUGUGAAAGGAAUAAGGGUGGACUUUUCACCUCAGAAGAUGAACAAGCUACCACUAGUGGCUGAUCGCAAGACUCAAGCCUUCAUAGACCAGCCAAAGCCACAUUUGGAUGCAAUAGAGGAUGCACUCUACUAUUUUGGAGCAGAUUGGGGGUUCGAAACCUCCGGUGACAAAGUAAUCCUGAAAGUAAGAAACCUCAAGCACAGGGUAAGACCCCUUCUUAAAUUUUUGAGUCACAUAUUAACUCCAAAUAGCAAUGGUACACAUGUUUAUUUGAACCAACUCGCUUUGCUACAUGCUAUUUGUUUGAAAAUGCCUAUCGAUAUAGGCAACAUCAUCAAUAGACAACUCAUAGCAUGUAGGUAUGAUACAUCUGUUGGAACUCUUUGGUUUCCUUCUAUCAUCACUAAACUACUUGAGAGUGUCGGAAUUAAGUCUAAUCCUAAUUCAAUAGUUGCUUCCGAAAAAAUGAUUGAUAAAAAGUUUUGGUCGAAUAGUCAUCCAACUGUUGGCCCAAGGAAAAAAGAAGGGGAGGAAGAAGAAUUCUUAAGAAAAAAGAGAAAGCAAACUCUUGUUUCUCAAAGUGGAAUAAGGCAGAUUAUGGAUUUAUUGGCUAGAAAAUUUGAGCCUAUGGAGAAACAAGUUAAUGAGAUAAAAAAAGAAGUAAAAGAGAUGAAAAAAGAAAUGAGUGUUAAAGCUGAUGGAGUGAAGGAAGACUUGAAACAAAUGCGACAUGUUCAAAUGCAGGAUAUCAUUUACAACUCUUCAAUGAUUUAUGAUAAUUCAAGCUUUUUGCAGAGAUUGGCCUGGUUUUUGCAUUACAAUGAGUUUAUUCAAUUCUCACCAUUGCAGUUUAUGGAUCCAUCUUCAUGUCCUAUUCCAAAAUUUUAUUCAUCUGAAGAACUACAAGCUACGGCACAACAAUUACCACCUCUACCACCCAUAGAAAACCAACCACCACCUCCUCCACCGGUCCCAACACCAAUUAUUUCAGAUCAUGGCAGUGGAAAUUUGUCAAAUUUAGUUGAUCUUGCUACUAUUUUCCCUGGAUAUACUCCUCUAUCUAUACCCAAUGUUGGAGGGUCAAGUAUGAUGGAACCAAAUUCACAAAGUGAGAUGGUAAAGAGUCCUAGAAUAGGGGGAGGUGAAUUCUCAGAAAAUUGGAUACCUGUUCCGGUUACACAAUGUGGUUCUUCACAACCAAGAGAGGAGAAUUAUUUUGGUGGCGAUGAUGUAGGAGGAACGAGUAGAUUCAUAAUGAGAUUUAAUCCAGGAGGAUGAAAGUUUUAAGUGUUGGGGGGUCAAUGUUUUGGGGAAAGAAUAUGGGAAGUUCCUGCCUUUUACUGAUUAGCCUAUAUAGUAUUAGGCUAUGUUGGUUGUUGUUAUUAAUGUCUUCUUUCUUUUGUAUUAUUGUUAAAAGUAUAUAUACAUACAUAUAUAUGUAUAACUGGUGUAAAAUAUUUUGUUAUUAGUAAAUAUUGAAGUGUAG